GUUAAAAGGGCUCUUCAUUGCUUGACUACCCGGUUCCAGAAGAGGCUAGAAGAUGAAUGCUGCUCCUGCCUCAGAAAGUGGACCCUAUCCCACAAACCAAAAGCCCUUUUUUUACGCUCAACCGACUGCACAGCAAAUGUUCCCGAAUCCAUGCUUCCUUGGCCCUGUAUACAACCCAUAUGGUGUUCCUGCCACAGGCUUCAGAAAUGCAAAUCCGUAUUACCCACUCUAUUCUAUACCUCUCCAUGACUACCCCGGAUAUCUUGUCCCACAGCAUCCCAUGCAUAUGAGAGUUAACAGAAGACCUUAUUUUAAUGGUCACCUACCCUCGCCCAUGUUUUAUCAAGCGACACGGUUCAGGCACUACAACCCAGGGAAACGAACGGAGACUAAAGAAACACAGACAGAUCAGAAGCAGUCUGAAAGCAAACUGAAAAGGCAUCAGGAUCACAGCAUGGAAACACAAGGCUGUGAUGCUGGAAAUGCAACCUACACCCCUUCUAGUACUGGUAAGGGAGCUGCAAGCCCUGUAGAAAAACAGGACAGGGCUGCAUUUUCAAGUGUUCCAGACAGAGACUUUACCAAGAGCUCUUCGGGGUCUGUACAGUUCCGAAGCCUCCCCCCAGCAGGCUAUGCCUAUGAGAAAGAGGAGGUCAGGAUAGAAUACGACAAUGAUGGUGCCCCUGCCAUUCAGUUAUGGAAGUCCUUCAAAGAAACAAUCCCUCUAUAUGAUGUGGCAGAGAAGUCAGUCCCAGAGAAUGUAAUGCAAAGAGAUAUGUUUGCUCUGGCUUCCUGUGAAGGAGUUAUUUAUGGGCCUCCUAACCGAGGGGAGUUGGUGCCAAGUAUUACUUACCCAGAGGAGCAAAAGGCUCUUGAGGAUGUACAAGAGAAAGAGCCUCAACUUAAAGGAAAACUGGAUGCAGAAAAGCAAGGAACUGCGAGCCAUUGGACAAGAUCUCCGUUGGAUGACACCAAAGCAGGGCAGAUGGCUGAACCAACUGGACCUGACUUGAUGGGAGUGAGGCAAGAAGCUGUGAUGUCCAAAGGAUCUUCUGGCUCAAAAAGGUUCCGUGGUUCAAAAACUCCUCAAGAAGUGUCAGACCCGAUUCAACAAAGUCUGUCUGGUAGAGAGAAAACAAGCGAUGCUGAUUUCCCUGAGAAACUGGAGGAAAAGAAUGAGGUGUCCCUUGAAAGUCAAGUAACUCUAGAAAAAAGUCUGUGGUGUGAUGAGUCAGAGAAAUACAUUCCUUCUGACAGUUGGCUGGCUCGUAUAGACAACAUGGACCCCAACUACAACAUGUAUGUGUCCCAAAGGAAACGCCCAAGUGUGCUCAGCCUUACCUCUGAUGAGAUGUCUUCUGUGGAUGAAGGCUCAUCGAUGGAUAACUUACCAGUGUCUUAUUUUGCCCCUGGCUAUACAUUUCAGAAGAGUGGGUAUCCCUUCAAAAAAAGCACAGAGGGCUCAGAGAGAGAAAAAAUUAAAAGUGGAGGUUUCCUCAAUGAAGACGAGGACAACAAAGACAAGGUGGGAGGAGAGCAGGUUGGUGCUAGUGAGGGCCAGAACGUGAAGAGCAGCUCAAGGAUCAAGAUUAAAGAGCUUUCCAGUCGAAGUAGAAAGUUGGGCACUCUGCCUAGGUCUUCCAGUAGAAAGAAGCUCUAUUCCCUUAAGAAAAAAGCCGCUAAGAGUUUGUCACCCUCAGAAGCUGAGGACUCUGAGGAAUACUGGGUUAAAGAACCAGAGGAUGAGGAAGAGGAGGAGGAGGAGGAGGAGGAGGAGGAGAAGGAAGAAUACUACUUGAUCCAAGGAGUUGCUCCCUAUGGAACUUUAGCCCCUGCCAAAUAUGGCUUCUACCAACAGGAUGGCAAGCAAGUGUUUUGGAAGAUACCGAAAAAUGCUGUUCCAGCCCAGCUCAUCAGUUGGCCUGUUCAAGAAAAAAUAAAACUUUCUAGACCAGCUAACAAACUGAGGGACCAAGAAGAGGAUGAAGAUGUCUGUGGCGACUGCAACUUCUAUCUGAAGAAACCUACAGCCCAACAACUUGAGGUGCUCGGGCACAGAAGAAAUUCACAAAGGUAUUCAGAGUGCACGCCGAAGAAGAAAGGGGUGCGCAAGCCUCCGCACAAGCGCAGGGACACAAGAGAUGAUGCAGAAAUAGAAGAGCAGUGGGAGAAAAUGAAAGUCGCCCAUCAUCACAAAGGUUAG